GUCUUGAAUACAAGAUCUGACUAUGAAUACCGGCCAGAGAGUUUGGAUCCCCUGGGGAGCGAUCGCGUGCACGAUCGAAUUCGAUCGGUCGACUUCUCAUACGUCUCUACUCUACAGGUUUCAUGGUUCAUGCUUAUUUAUUAUAGGAUAGUUUCCCUCAGACCAUAGAUUGAUCAUGUACGAAGAGUGGUAUCGGAUGGCAUAUUCCUUCUCGAAUUCGAAUUCGAUCGGUGCACAUGAUCGCUCCCCUGGCUGUGUCGUUGCUGCGCCGCGUGUCGGUACUUACACACCCGAAUGUCGGUCACGUGGGAAAAGGCAAGUUACUAGCCCCCGUAUAGUCUGCUACGUCCGCUGUCAAAGUUACCUGUUCACGCGUGUAUGUACGUGGAUAAUUGAUGAGAGUAAAGUCGCGCAUAAAUAAAGCGGCGGACACUACGUGGGGAGGAAGGAGGAACGGCCGCCCGGGGUGCCCUGUUACGUUACGUGUCGAGCAUGCGGUAUCGUGGCAAGCGGGCGGCCUUCGCGUAGCGCUUCUGCCGCGUAUCUGUCCCUCCGCCUCGACGGCACGGUGUACGCGCAGACGAGCGGAAUGCACCGAGAGCGGUGCCGUUGAUUUUCCACGGCAAAAUUGAACGUCGACGAUUUUUCUGCUCGUCUCAGGAUUUCAGCAACUCUCGUCUGCGAGUAUGUUUUGAAGAUGCCAUCUGAGACUGAUGCUAUAGGCAGUGUCUCCAAGGAGGAGGAGGAGGAGGAGGACACUGAGAGGUCUAAUGAGCAGUCUGUCACAUUAAUGACCCUAAACUGCAUGACUCAGGAAUCCAGUGUAUCCGCAAAGUACAUAGAUACUCAUCUGACAAACGCUAAUGGUGACAAGGUGUCCACGUCGGACCACAUUGGAACAAAGUUUUCAAACUUGACAGAGGAUGCGGUGUCGACGACGAGCGAUAGCUCCGCAACGACAAAUGAUUUGCUUGAGACAGAAAAUUCACGUCCCCAAUAUGAAACUGCGGAUACGUCGGUACUGACGAAACAAACCGAGGAAAAUGGCGUGGAUACCACGAGCAACAAUACGAUACAAAAUUCAAGUAAAAAAUCAAUUUUUCUUGCUCAUAAAAAUCUGUCCAGAAAGAAGUGCCUAGGCAGCGUUUCUGAAAUUCAUCGUAACAACUCAGAAUUGACAGCCCAGAAUUGCCUCGACAGUGUCUCGAAUGGGAAGGCGUGUGGACCCGAGAAAAAUCGCGAUAUUGUCGACGCGGAGGAAUGCGAGCCGAACGCGGGAAAUCUGUGUAAUAAUAACAUCGACGUUGCAUUGGAUAGACACGAAUCAAUCGAGGAAACGGUAUCCUCGCUCGCGCACAAACGACCUUUAAAGGGCGACGAUUCUCCCAUGAAUUGCGGCGCCUUUGCGAAUACAUUGUUAAAAACGUCUAUCGAUGACGCUAAAGAUUGCAACACAGAUCGUGAUAGUAGCUUAACGACAGAUGGAUUAACGUCUCUGUCUUUAGACACGUCUAGAGAGUCGUCGAGUUCGCAAAGCGCGGCCUCGCCCAGUUACAGUGACGCGACGAACGACGCCAAAAUACCAUUAAAUCCAUUAGAUAAUAAUAAUAAGAAUUUACUUGAAAGCGUGACUGGCGGAAGUGAAUUACUCGGCUCGUCCGAGCACGGUUGCAAGGACACGUCGGCGUCGCAAGACGCUGCGUGUGCUUCUCCGUGUUACAAUGAUUCUGCGAGCACAAGCAAACCAUUUAAACUGCCAAUCUUGGAGAAGAUGCCCAAAACUGCCAGUAUUCAACAGCCUGAGAUGGAGGAGAAUGCGGUAGCGCUCCUGGACUCGGCGUUUGCCAGACAGAAUCCAUUGGAGGGAGUUCGUUGCCUAGAUUUGGAGCCUCGUUUGUCGAACAGCAGCGAGGAGAGUAAUUCAGACAUAGAGUCGCAGCAUGCGAGCACAAGUAACGAUAUUAAAAAAAGACAGUGCAGACCCAAUGGAGUUGUGACGAAAGAGGGAGCGGAAUAUUAUCAGCUGUGGCGCAGUACAGGCGGUGGCCACUCGUCUCCCGAGUCUUUGUACGAGACUCUCUAUCCAAUGCCACCGCCGCUUCCACCGAGAGCAACGCAUCGGCCGUUGCAUAGAAGUAACGCUUUACCAAGCGGCGCGCCAGAGCUACCUAAACGGCAUCAGAGGCAUCCCACGCCGCUGCAUCCGGAGGAUUGUUUUGGAUUUGAGAUUGUAGACGUCGACGAAGCCUCGAAUCUCAAGUUAAGGACAGCAGUCACGAAAAGUAUCGCUCUGCUAAGUUCACCGAGAUCGCACAGACAACGCGAGCGACUGGAAUCGACGAUGGCUAGUCAGCUGGAGUGUCCGCCUACCCCCACACAUCGACCCAAACCCCUGUGUCCGUUGCCUGUAUGCCAUACGUCAAAUGUAUCUUUGUCCUCGGAGGAACCUCUGCCUCCCUCAUGGGAAGCGAGAAUAGACAGCCACGGCCGAGUAUUUUACAUAGACCACAUCAAUCGAACUACAACGUGGCAAAGGCCGAACUUGACGACACGUAAUACUGGUUGCGACCUACGAAGGCAACAGUUGGACCGGCGUUAUCAGAGCGUACGGCGUACCAUUUCGCGUCCCGAUAAUAUAGACCGCGAGGUCAACAGCUCGAACGGCAAUUCUUUUGACAAUACCGAGCGGCAGAGCGACCGCGCCGACAGAGGUGAAUCUGAGCCGUUUGACAUCACGACGAUACCACCGGUAUUGUUCCUGACACGGCCCGACUUCUUUACCGUGCUGCACACCAAUCCGGAGGCCAUGGAGGUGUACAACCGUAACACGAGUUUAAAACACAUGAUCAAUAGAGUUAGGAGGGAUCCGAUAGUCUUUCCAAGAUACGAGCAUAAUAGAGACUUAGUUGCCUUAAUUAAUGUCUUUGCCGAUCCGGGCAAGGAACUUCCAAGAGGAUACGAAUCGAAGCUCGACAGGACGGGCAAAAGAUUUUUCAUAUGUCACGCUAGGAAGGCUACAUCCUUUAUCGAUCCACGAUUACCUACAGAAGCCGCUCAUCUACGAACAUUGCUAGACGAGGCUCCCGUUCCGCCACCCAGGCCGCAACAAGCGUCCGUAACCGCUACUCCCGACAUACCUGUGGCCUACAACGACAAAGUAGUUGCAUUCCUACGUCAGCCUAAUAUAAUGGAUAUUCUAAAGGAGAGGCAUUCUGCACUGGGACAAAAUAUCGCGCUUCGAGAGAAAGUUAAUACUAUAAGAGUCGAAGGGACUACAGCGUUACAAAGAUGGGGCCACGACGUUCCUUUAGCAUUGUUGCUAAGUUUAUUCGAGCAAGAAAUAAUGUCCUAUGUACCUGGUAGUAUGGGAAGAUCACCGCUCGGCAGCCCGCAUGCAUCGCCCGGGCUGACAAGAGCUUCUGCCAGAGCUCCUGCACCGUACAGGAGAGAUUUCGAAGCUAAGCUACGAACUUUUUAUCGAAAGCUGGAGAGCAAAGGUUAUGGGCAAGGGCCGGGCAAAUUGAAAUUGCACAUUAGAAGGGAACACUUGCUGGAAGAUGCUUUUACGCGUAUAAUGGCGGCGUCAAAGAAGGAUCUGCAGAAAGGAAAAUUGGUAGUCAUCUUCGAUCACGAGGAAGGAUUGGAUUAUGGCGGGCCGUCCCGAGAAUUUUUCUUCCACUUGUCGCGCGAACUAUUCAAUCCAUACUACGGAUUGUUCGAAUAUUCGGCCAACGACACUUACACGGUCCAAAUCUCGCCGAUGUCGGCCUUCGUGGACAACUAUCACGAUUGGUUCAGAUUCUCGGGCAGAGUUCUGGGUCUAGCAUUGGUUCACCAGUACCUGCUCGACGCGUUCUUCACGAGGCCGUUUUAUAAAGCUCUUUUGAGGAUACCGGCGAGCUUGAGCGACUUGGAGAGCUUGGAUCAAGAAUUUCACCAGAGUUUAAUGUGGAUUAAAGAGAAAGACAUAAGUAUCGAGCCGUUAGAAUUAACGUUUUCAGUAACGGAGGAACUUUUGGGACGAGUCGCCGAGCGCGAGUUGAAGCCAGGCGGGAGAAAUAUCGCGGUUACUGAGAAGAAUAAAAAGGAAUAUCUCGAGAGAGUGGUACGCUGGCGCCUCGAGCGUGGCGUCGCGGAGCAAACGGAAUCGUUGGUUCGCGGCUUCUACGAGGUGGUGGAUCCGCGUUUGGUGUCCGUUUUCGAUGCCCGCGAGUUGGAGCUGGUUAUCGCAGGUGCGGCUGAAAUCGAUCUAAACGAUUGGCGAACGCACACUGAAUACAGGAGCGGUUAUCACGAUGCGCAUCCAGUGGUGGAGUGGUUUUGGAGCAGCAUAAGCCGAUUCACCAAUGAGCAACGUCUAAGAUUACUGCAAUUCGUUACCGGCACCUCGAGUAUUCCGUACGAAGGAUUCGCGGCUCUGCGUGGCUCCACAGGACCAAGGAAAUUCUGUAUCGAGAAAUGGGGAAGACCAAAUAGUCUGCCAAGGGCUCACACAUGCUUCAAUCGCUUGGACCUGCCGCCUUAUCCUACGCCCGAGAUUUUAUAUGAAAAGCUGCUGUUGGCUGUGGAAGAGACAAAUACCUUUGGUAUAGAAUAAAGCGACGAAUUGAAUUAGUAAUUGUAAAGAAUUUAUACAAUCGAUGGAAUUCUAACUAUAUCUGGAUAGUUAUCCAGGUUGCAUUUUCGGCAUUAAAAAUAGGACAAGAUUUUGUAUAGGCCUAACAGUUUGUGAAUUAUGUGCAACAUUACUAAUUCAAUUUAAUCAAAUCGGAUAUGGGAUGUAAAUAACAAUCUGCAGCUUCACAAUCUCUCAGAAUCUCUUUCGACGUGACGUUUAAUUUAUUGCGUAAUGAAAUAGCGUAAUGAUUGAAUAUUCUCUCUUUAAACUUCGCAAAUCUAUGUGAUUUGUUGACGUAGAAGAUCACGCUUGUUAAUCCAAUCAUUGGGUGUGUUCCCAUUUCCUCUCAAUACUACUGAUAAUAUUUCCAAUAGUUUCGAGCAUUUAGUCUCAAUGAAAAGGUGUGGAUAGUUGCAUUUAGAAAAAAAUAACUGCUAUGUUAUUACAAAGGAUACUAAAGGUUACAUUUGGGAAUGAUUUUCUCAGAAGUUGAAUUUAGUAAUAGCGUCCGGUACUUGCGGUAGCACUGAGAGGAAAUGGAAACGCCCAUUAUGUAUACACUGAGAUCUCGUAAAUUCUACAAUUCUUCUUGUUUCAGUUUUCCUCAAGUUAACGGAGCGAAUUCCUUAAUUUGUUCCUCCUUUUCCUCGCAUUUUCUGUCCUGUUUUAAAAAAAUAAAAAACAAACUAGACUUCCUUGCUAAACUUAUAAAUAUUAUAAAUCUAUAACAAUUUUAACAAGAAUAAAUGCAUUCUAGAAAUUAUUUCUUCAGCGUGAGCUUCUAAAAACAAAAAGAUUAAAUAAAUUAAUUUAAAUGCGAAGAAGGCAUAUGCUGUUGCUAUUAUUGUUGCUACCAUCAAAUUACCAUCCAACAUUACUCUAUCUCUGCUACUGUUAAUAAUCAUGUAUUAGUGAUAUUGCUACUAUUACUACCACUACUACUGAUAGUGAUAUUGCUGCUGCUACUACUACGAUUCCAAUUAUUACUAUUAUUUCCACCAUUGUCAUUAAUAUUGUGAUAUAUUAUUUUAACAUCAUUAUUAUUACUACUUUUGACCUCAAUGGAAUUCAAAAGACAAUACCAUCAGGAUCACAUACUUUGGCUUGAUAGCUCCGCUAAUUUUCUAUUGUACACCUGUACAUUUUCAUAUGUAUAAUAUCUUUCAAUAUCUUUAUUCCGAGGUAUAUCGAGAUCCAAGUGUACCGUUGGUUAAAACAUUUAGUUGUGGCCGUGACCGGUGUUUCUAGUCCACGAGCUGGAAAUUCACAUGCAGCUGCCUUUUAAUGUAUCUUAACAUUCCGAGAAUUCUUGUUAGUUACACCUAUUUAAAAGAGUUUAUAGAGCAAGAUUGUUAAAGCAGGGGAUAAAUAUCACACUUCUGUAAGUUAGCGAUUUUUUAAAAGUUCAUUAAAGAAGCACCUUUACCUUACAUCUACUUUUUAUCGCUUAGUCAUAAUAAUAUAAUGUAUAGAUCUUUUGAAAAACUUUGCACAUAGUAUAAAAGAUACUAAGGGAUAAUUGAUACACGAGAAAUAGAGACUUAUUACGAUACCUUUUUAUUGAGCAAGUAUGUUAUUAUUUAUUAUAAAUUGCUAUAUGUAUAUAUGGCAAAACUUGUGUAUUUGUACAGCUACUCGUAUAAUUGUUAUAAUAUCAUAUAAUUGUAUAUAAGCGAUAAAUAAAAUGCAACGAACAUAAAAA